GUCUGAAGCAAAAUGAAACAUGGAUGAGGAGGUCGCCGAAAGUUGGGAGGAAGCUGCUGAUAGCGGGGAAAUGGAAAAGCGGUUAGAAGAGAAGCUACGAAUCAGCCAGAAAGAAAAGGAGUCCAGUAAUAAUUCUUCACGGUCUCCGUUGAGGACCACCAUGGUAAUCCAAGACGACUCUCUACCAGCAGCCCCACCGCCUCAGAUUCGCAUCUUGAAGCGUCCUGCAAACAACGGGUCGUUGGGAUCAGCCUUGAAUCAGAACAGGCCUACACCACAGGUCAAGUCCCUGGCCCAGCGUGAGGCAGAGUACGCAGAGGCCAGGAAGAGAAUACUGGGCAGCGCCUGCCCAGAGGAGACGCCACAGGACAAGCCCAACACUGACAGGCCAGGGCGCAUUAACUCUACAUUGCCUUCAGAGGACACCAGAUCAAACAAUCACACUGUCCGGCAGCCAGCCGGCCCAGACGGCACCCAAGGGUUCCGACAGCACAGAUAAGUUGGCCCCUGCGCUGCCCAGCCAUUGCGGGGAGAGAGAGAGAAAGAGAGAGAUUGAUUGAGGGCCACCUGAGAGCAGAGACAGCAUUGUAUUUUUAAAGCUUCCUUCCUUCAGUUCCAGUGUAUUGAACAGUCCGCUGCCCCACUCUUCCCUCUUGGAGACUGUGUGGAACUGACAGGGAGAGCCGAACUCCAGGAGGAAGUAAAACGGAUGGAAAUGUGCUCUCUUCUCUCCCCACUCGUCUGUUUGACACUGUGAUAAUGAACAUAUUCUGGACUCACUGUGAUGAUCCCUUUAAGAGACCCCACCCCACCUCCCCACCCGUACCACCACCUCUAUCUCUGUCCUCCUUCAGCCCCCAGCAGCUCCGUCUCAGGACGCCUGCAGGGUGGAAGCAAAAGACUUGAACAAAGGACGGCUUAAGAGAAGAGAAGUGACGGGUCAUAUAAAACUGAGAUGAGCUGGUACAUGUGCAGCAGCUUGUCCGCAGCAAUAAUACCAGAUAUCACUUGUCACACCAUAUACAUGUUUUUAAUCUUUGAGAUGUUGGCUCACUAGAAUUUUUAUCUUUAGUUUUUCUCGCUUUUCUUUUGUUUUUUUUUAUACUAGGGAUGCACUGAUAUCUUAUUUCAGAUGGGACUAAAAGUGUGAGGAAGUUCUUUUUAUAGUACUUUCAGAUCACAAGCAACAGCUACAAGUACAUACAUAACAUUAUUUUAACAUUUCUUUGCUGUCGUUUCUCAAAACUCAGUGAGAAAUGCAAUCUGUCCUCUGCAUUCGAUCCAUGCUGUAUACUGGGAGCAGUGGGCGGCCACAUUGCAGCAUGGUCAGAGCUUUUCUUUCAGUG